AUACAUAUCGAAAAGAUUUAAGAAUCUUAAGUUAAUGUUUUACUCCAUGAUAAACUAGUGAAAGUAAUGAUGAUUUGUUUGUGCAAGAGUUGAAGACAGUCUUGAAGCAGGGGUAGUUGCCACAGAGGACUUUGCACACUAAUCUGAGACUAAUCUUCAAUUAACACAAAAUUCUUUGUCAUCCCUUUGGUUUAAAGAAACCCCUGUUCUCAUUUGAUCCUCUAAUCAGAGUUUCAUCUCUUGCUGUCCCUUUCCAACUCCACUCAAACUACUAUGAAAAUUACCUGGAAGGAGAUAAGUCCUUGUAAUGCGCAUGGUCAAGUGCAAACAGAAUCAAGAGCACUAUUGACUUUGUAUCAAAGUACAAACCGUAUCUGUCACCAAUGCCAUUAUGUCUGCCAUCUAGAAACUCAUUGCUACAGAAACAACCUAAUACCCCUACUACAUUCUUUCGUAGGUUUUAGUAACGGUUAACCGUCACUUUUAACAAGUUCUUGUCAUAGUUUCCCAUCUUUGAAUUAUUCCAUUCUCUAACCAUCUUGCUUUGUACUAAUCUCAAACGUGAACAGGACAACAUGAUUAAGCAGAAGACUAUGCUUUCUCCUCUCAAAGCCACAUAAAAGAGUUCUGAGUUUCAUUUCUAUACACUCUGAACCAAUCAGAAAAUAUUCUAAGUAUGACUUUCAGUAUAGCUAUUUUAAUUUACAAACUUAUUUUAUAUGUAUGUAUAAGGUAGUUUAUAAUUGGAGUGUGAGGGCAUAGACCAGAGAAUUCUCUUAUUUAUUAGCAUAUAUAGUGAUUCACUCAUUAGCCAUUCAUUGCCAUAGUCUCUAAAAGCAAUGGUUUCAACUUCAGCAUCUUGUUCCUUUACCAUUAGUGUGUUAUUCCUCAUUUUUGUGCACCUGUCUUGUUUCGCAAACAACCUUAAUGCAAAGCACAGUCACAACCAUCGCAAGCCUCAACACACUGAGAAUCCUCCCUUGAAUCCAAGACUUCACAUGGCCUUUCUUGGCCUCCAAGCAUGGAAGCAAGUGAUCUACUCAGACCCAAAUAACUUCACUGCCAAUUGGGUAGGUCCUUCAGUCUGCAACUACACAGGUGUGUACUGUGCUCCCUCAGUUGAUGAUCCUGAAGUGAGAGUUGUGGCUGGCAUUGACCUUAACUUUGGAGACAUAGCAGGGUUCCUACCCGAUGAAAUAGGCCUUCUGUCAGACCUUGCACUCCUUCACCUUAGUAACAACCGCUUCUGUGGCAUUCUGCCAAUGUCCUUAACCAACCUCACUCUACUCUAUGAGCUUGAUAUUAGCAGCAACAGGUUUGUUGGUCCCUUUCCUUUGGUUUUGCUUUCCCUUCCUAUGCUCACCUACCUUGACCUCCGCUACAAUGAAUUUGAAGGGCCAUUGCCUCCUCAACUAUUCAACAAAACCUUUGAUGCCAUUUUCCUCAACAACAACCGCUUCAGCAGUUCUAUACCUCCAAACUUGGGCAAAAACUCAGUUUCUGUCUUGGUCUUUGCCAACAACAAAUUUGGCGGGUGUCUUCCAGAGAGCAUAGUGAACUUUGCUGACACUUUGGAGGAGCUUGUGCUAAUCAACACUAGCUUGUCAGGUUGUUUGCCACAGCAAGUGGGGUUUCUCUACAAACUUAGAGUGCUGGAUGUGAGUUUCAACAGCAUUGUUGGCCCCAUUCCUUAUAGCCUUGCAGGGUUGUCUCACUUGGAGCAACUAAACCUGGGACACAACAUGAUGAGUGGCACUGUCCCUAUGGGGGUUUGUGAGUUGCCAAACUUGGCAAACUUCACUUUCUCUUACAACUUCUUCUGUGAGGAAGAGGGCAUCUGUCAGAACUUGACAUCAAAGAGAAUAGUGUUUGAUGACAGAAGGAACUGUUUGCCAGAGAAGCCACUGCAGAGGAGCCAAAAGGAAUGCAGUGCCAAACUUGAACACCCAGUUGAUUGCUCUGAGCUUUGCUGUGUUGUUGGGAGCAAUGUCUCUGCUGGUUCAGUGGCUGUUCCACCUGCUGCUAUUCCCUCAGCAAUGCCUGUAUCUGCUCCUCUUCUUGCACCAAGCCACCCUUAAGCAAAGUGUUUGUAUUGAUAUGAAUAGGAAAAAUAAAAGUCCAAAUUUGAGUUAGGAAGUGAUCUUGUAGAUACAAAGUUGUGUGCUAAAUGUGUCUGUAUUCUAUGGUGUCAUGCGUCUUAUUCCUUGUAAAGUGUUUCAUUUGACAGGAAGUGAGCGAGUUCUAGAUAUCUCUCGUUUUGUGGAUAUAAUAGCUUCAAAGGAGACCAAUCUUUCUUCUGGAACAACACUUUUUCUUCAUCCCAUUUUAGAAAAUCGUGGUUCUCUCAUGAAAAAACAGAUUAACAGAUUAUUACAUUCGAUUAGAUUCAAUCUUAGUGACCUACAAAUUUUGUGAUGUCACUAUU